CCUGACAUUAUUCAUUUUAUCUGGUACUCGUUACUUCUCCCAGACUCAAAACACAAAUUUGAGUAUAAAAUUAUGCUUCAAAAGCAUGUUCUCCAAGGAACUGAGAAGAGCACCAAAGUCAUUCGAAUUUGAAAACAGACGACAAUCGCAAAUAUCUCAUUGCGGGUAAUCUUCGUUUUCGAAUAAUUGAGGCACAAACAGCAGAGUGAUGCAUCCUACGGUGAGAGUGAGGGUGCAUCAACAAGAAAAUUAUAUUCCUCCACAAAAUGAUCACAAGAGUGUACCGGUGACGAAGGUCUCUGAUGAAUCUCUAUCUAUACCAGUGAAGGUGACUCAAGGCUGUUCUCUACCAUUGAAACCCAGAAUCAUGAAGGCUUCUGUACCUAAUGUACCAGCAGGACAGCCACUUUCUUCAUCCAAAGAGAAGAGCAGACGUCUUGACAAGGAUGCAAAACCAGAUGUUAGAGCUUGUUCUGCAGUACAGCCGCGUCCUCGUGCAGUCUUAUCUAGUCCUGACAAUGAUGGGAUGAUUGGACUAGUAAACAAGCUAAUUGAUAAGCAACCUUCUGCUUCCAAGGUGCCUAACACAAAGGAGAGGGUACCUGCUGCCCAAAGGCAACAGAGUAAGACAUCCCCAAGUCCUAUGAGCAUGACCAAAGGCUCCAAUAGAGCAGUGUCUAACAAGACUGGUCUUGUGCAAAGUAAAGUGCAAAAGACCAUGAUUGGAAAACAGCAGCAAGCAAGUGUUGGAAUGGGGAAAUCAAUAUUCACUACUUGAGCCUAUUUAUUUAACAAAUCAGAUUGAAUCAGUUUGGAUAUGUCAAAUGAUUUGUUUCCUUCUUGAAUUGAGAUCUGAAAGGUGUGGUAGUAUGGUCCUUUGGAGUAGAGUACUUUUAAAUUUAUGAAUGGUUAUGGAGCAACAGAAGUUUAUGCUAGUUGCUUGGGUCUUGUGAUGAGUUACUUGUGCUCAACCUCCAACUGUUUAUUUUCAACUAUAUAUUGAGAAUCUGAAUUUGCGUCCCCAUCACAGUACUUGUGCU